AUGCAGAUAACUAACUCCCGACAUAUCCACGACAGGUGGCUGACUUUCACACCGCAUCCGACUAGCCACGACGCGCCUCCCCGCGCCACAAGACACCACCCGCCGGAGGGGCCGAUGGGCAACGCGACACGGCUCAGCGUGCACGGCCAGCCGACGCAGCGCCAACGGACACCAAAUGCACCGGUCUCUAUUCGUUGGCACUUGGCGCGACGCCCGCGCUCGAACGUGACGAUGAAUAUGAGAAUAUUAUGCAUCGCUCGAAUCGGGCAAGCCGCAGUAAGCGUCAAUGGCGAUGUGCUGCUGCUGCUGCUGCUGCCGCAACACAUCAUCGUUCGCCACGAGUCGAGCCAGCCACCAAUGCAGGCGGCCAACACGAGCUCCCAG